AUGAUGAUGCAAUUCGAAGAUAUGCCCAAUGAAUUAUGUCUCAAGAUCUUUUCCUAUUUGAAUACUCCUGAUCUGUUUCGAUCAUUUUCGAAUUUAAACAUUCGUUUCGAUGGUCUUCUGUAUACUUCUACUGAACAAGUUCAAUUACCUGAAAAUACACAAUUUCCAUGGUUAGUACAAUUGAUACCCCAAAUCGAAUCGAAUAUCCAGAAAAUUUUUCUCAGUGAAAAAUAUUUAAGAUUUAUAUUCCAGAAGCAAUGGUCUUUUUCUAAACUCCGCUAUAUUCAAAUUCAACGUAAAGAAUGGACAAUGGGUUUAAAGUUUCUCAAUGAACCUUAUCUUAAUGUCCUGCUUCAAUCGUUAAACGUUCUUCGCAGCUCUAACUUGGCUGUAAAAAACUUCAUUCCCCAUUUGGAAAUAAACACCAACGAGAUUUCCGCAUAUAAGCCAUCUUAUGUGUUAUGUCCAUUUAUUAAAUAUUUAUCGCUUAAUGGAUGCACAGAAACAGCUUUACAUGGUAUUCUACGUUGUACACCAAUGUUAACUCGUUUGAAACUAUCGUAUACAACGUUCGAUAAUAGCGUUCAUUGGAGUGACAUAAAUCUGACUUUAGUCGACUUAGAUAUUCGAAGAGUUAAUACAUGUGAUUUAAGAUUUGUGUCGCAAAUAAUUCAUGGAUGCCAAGCAUCACUCAAAAAAUGUCGUAUUGAAAUGUCUAGUUUAGAGAAAAUUCAUGGAAAUUGUAUCGAUCAAAUAUUUGGAUCAUGCACAUCAUUAAGACAGUUUGAAUUCUGCUUCGAAUACCAUAGUUCGAACGAACUCAAGAAAGCUAAUUUCGAUACACUCAAAAAUGAAUGGCGUCUUAAUUGGUAUCAUUUCAAUAUUUAUAUUCAAUUCAAUAUUUUGACUUCUAACAUAGUAGUCGUUUCAAUGCCAUGCAGAUAUCCAUUUCAAUUUCAAAACAAUCUAUGCGGUUGGUGUAUAGCAAAUUCUGAUCAACACUCGUCGAGUCUUCGUUUUACUAAUACCAAUCAAAUCCAUCUUACAAACACAAUGAAGCAACUAAUCAGUCUGGAAUACUUAAUGUCACUCAAUGAAAUAUUUACUUCGCCUAAUCAAACAUUACAGUUCAAUUAUUGUGGAUUAGACGGGGUAGAGACCUUGUUGUAUAUGUUCAUGGAAGAUCGAUCGAUUUCACCAGUUCUACCUCGAGUUCGUGAAUUUGUUGUGAGCUCAGGGCAAAAUGUCGGGCCGAUUGUGUUAUGCGUUUGGAUUCUUCUUAUGCCAAAUUUACAAGUAUUAAAUCUGACGAAAUUGAACACCGAUACUCAAGCAGGCUUAAUUCAAGAAUUAUUGAUUAACAUAGAUGACAAUAAACAACUCAGAUCUAUAUUUGAAUCAGUUCCUAAAAUGGUUCUUUUGAAAAGGUCUGAUGACAAAUCUCCGACGCCGAUAGGUCUGAUAGCACAGUUCAAAAGUGUUUUUGUCCAUGCUGAUGUUCGAUGA